AUGUGGUGGGACAUCCGAGGGCAGGAAAGCAAAUGGCUGGAUAGGGUGGGUCAUAGGGGUCUGGUUGCGCUGGUUGCGGGAACUGGGGUGCAGCUAGACAGUGACGCGAGGCCUUCACGUGACCGAGAGCUGCAGAAGAACGCAUCCUUACCCCUUUGGGUACCAGCUCCCUGCUGCCUUCAGGACAGCGGGCUGGCAUUGGGCCCGGAAAAAGCCAAGCAGGUAAGGGCCCUGUUGCCCUCAUGCCAGGGCACUGGCGGCAACGACCUGCUGACCGCACAAAUCUGGCAAAGGGGAUCUGUGCAAAAAAUGAUGGGCGUACCUGAAGCAGAACGGUGGGUGGAGGGGGCAGAAAACCUGUGGCGAAGGCAGCUAGGAGAGCCAGAGUCUGUAGUUGCCUUUGCAGCUAGGAUCCCAACCCGGUUGUGCGCAGCUCUGGAUAAGAAUCCUGGGGAAGAAAAAAUGGUGGGCACCGAGGGAGGGAGGGGGAAAGAGAUGACUAGGGAAGGGGUUCGAACCAGAAGCCCCCUAGUGGACAAGCAAUGCUCCGAAGGUGGAGGGAAAUUUUCACCAAGUAAGGAUCAGCUGAUCAGUAUUCCAUACAUUAAUUCUCUCUCCUUGCUACUGUUUCCAAUUUCUGUUCAAAGAAUUCGACAACGAAAAACUCUCAUCAUGGCAAAUGUCCACCAGGAAAACGACGGAAUUGAUCAGCCAAUGCAGAACGGAGAGGAAAAUCGCCCUUUGGGAAGGGGUGAAGGCCACCAGCCAGCAGGAAAUAGAAGAGGACAAGCUCACCGACUUGCCCCUAAUUUCAGAUGGGCCAUACCAAAUAGGCAGGUUAAUGAUGGGCUGGGUGGAGAUGGAGAUGAUAUGGAAAUAUUCAUGGAGGAGAUGAGAGAAAUCAGGAGAAAACUUAGGGAGCUGCAGUUGAGAAAUUGCCUGCGUAUUCUUAUGGGAGAACUUUCUAACCACCGUGAACAUCAUGAUGAAUUUUGCCUUAUACCUUAA